AUGACUGACAAGCCUCAGGGUGAUCAGAGUGUCUCGAACGGGUCUCACUCUCAAGAUACUGCGGUCGUCCAUAACAUUGCUGCUGGUCCCUCUCGCCGUACAUCGUCUGUGUCGUCACGAUCGCGGAGGAAUUCACCCACAGCAUCGCAAGGCGCGAAAGCUCCGCUGACGCCUGAAGAGAGUCCGCCAUUCCGGAUAACGAGAAAGCGCAAUACUGGUAUUGUCGAGCAAGAAGACAAAGAUCUUGAGCGUGCUGAAGUUGGCUCAUCUCACAGCCGAACCAAUAGUGACGACAGUAUACACGUUUGCAUUUGCCAACCAGAUCCCAAAAUCCCCAGACCGCGCAACGCAUUCAUCUUGUAUCGUCAACAUCAUCAGGCCAACGUCAUCUCUCAGCAUCCAGGCUUGUCGAACCCAGAGAUCUCAAAGAUCAUCGGCGAACAGUGGCAGAAUCAGCCACCAGAGAUCAAGGGCAAGUGGAAGGCCCUCGCCGAAGAAGAGAAGCUCCGCCAUCAAGCACAGUAUCCGACCUAUCGCUACCAGCCUAAGCGCAGCGGGCGUCGCAAUAGCCAAUCUGGAGACGUAGUGACAUCUGGGAUCGAGAAGCCAAAGUGCACCAAGUGCGGCGGUAAGAGUAUCUUGGCUCCAUCAACUCCUUACUCCCACCUGAGCAGUGCUGGCACAAGCCCAUCGGGUCCUCUUACUCCUGGCUCCGCUUUGACUCCAAUCUCACGAACAUUGCCGGYUCUACGAGACCUCAGUCUGCAGUCACCCGCGCUCCGUCGAACAGGGAGGCCGUUUCCUAACAACAACAACAACAACAUCAUGUCGCCGUUACAUCACCUCGAUGAGAGGGAUGAGUUGGGACCUCUCAGUCCCGAUGCGAAGCGCCGUCGAUACAAUAGCGAUCAGCCAGCAACGUUCAGUCGGAUCAUGGCGCCACGGUAUCCGAAUGCGCCGCAACAGCUCGUAUCGGUCGGCCCUGGUACACCAUUUCCUUUCCCGCAGCAACCACCACACCCAUACCCGCCAGGCGCGAAUGGAGCCCACGCUCGACGUGACAGUCUUCCAGGUCUUCGUGGUAUGUCAAGUCCUCCGGGCGUCAUGGCACCACCGCCUAGACCGGUUAUUGGAUACCAACAGCACCGUCUUUCUCAAGGUCAUAUCCCUCACGAUCGAUCGUUGACUUUGCCACCGCUUCAGACCAGCAGUGGCGGUGGCGGACCACCCAGUGCCACAUCCAUGUCCACACCUGCAACCGCCAAAUCUGCGACCGAACAGAUCAUGACCACGGAGUUCUGGCACAAAGUCAGGGUUCUUCAUCAGGUGGCCCCUCCAACGCCAGUCAGAAGAGAGGCACUCCGCGGUCCUCUUGUUGCCAUCGAAGGUGACGAUCUCGAGUCGGUAAAGGAGCUGGGUAUUUGGCUGAGUGAAACUCUCAGAAAGGCGGAUGAUCUGAAUGUGAAGCUUUUGGAGGGUCCAACGAUGACAGCCGAUGGCGGAAAGCAACAGAUCAUGGCGCAAUACCAUCGUCUGGCUGCAGAGUGGCUCGACAAGAGCGGUGAUAUCAUCGAGUCGCUCGCUAUCAAGACCACAUCUCCAACGGACACGAUCAUGGUCGAUGUCGCCACUGCUCCUACGACUAGAUCAGCGAUCAAGAAUCGUGAUAUCGACGAGAGAUACGACGAUAGUGAUUCCUCCUCAUCAAAAGCCGCCAGGGAACCUCCAACGAACGGCGACGACAAGGGCCGCAGGACUUCUGUCGAUUCCUCKCAUACAAACCUCGACAUAGCUUCCAAAUCAUCCUCGCUAUCCAGCAGAGGUGGUUCGCAAAACUCCGCCAAACCUGUCAGCAUCAUCGCCAACUACUCGAUACAUGCUAGCAAUUUCUUCGCUUGCCACAUCCCCAUCACUGCGCAUGAUCCAUACUCACCCAUCGAUCACUGGACGUGGACAGCGACGCAGUGGCGUGGUAUCAUCAGUCCUGAUCUCACCAUCUACGUCCGUGAUGCCGCAAGUAGCGAUGGCAGCAAGUCCAACGUAGACAUCAUGGCGGAUGGCAAUCUCUUUGCGGUGAAGCGCACGAAGGCUGAAGGCAGGGAUUGCCUGGAGAUUGAGCCAUCCGUUUUGCGCCGUCUUGGAUUCGAAGUCGGCGAGUGGGUCCAGGCUUUUGGCGCGAAUGCAUCACAGUGA